AAUGCAUUGUAACUGGCUAGUGGGUUGUUGGCGCGCUCAGUUUGAGAUUCAACUGUGUCAGCCGAUUGUUCUCACAAACUGUAAUAAUAACCUGUUAUACCAACUCGUACUACAGUCAUUUUAUUUGUUUCGAAGCUGAUACGAUAACAUCAACAACUUCUGUCUGAGGAAACCAGCUGCUUUGUUGCCAAUAUGCAUGUCAUUAAGCGAGAUGGACGCCAGGAGGGAGUUAGUUUUGAUAAAAUCACAUCUCGCAUCCAGAAGCUUUGCUAUGGACUCAACUCUGACUUUGUGGACCCUGCUCAGAUUACAAUGAAGGUGAUCCAGGGUCUGUACAGUGGAGUUACCACUGUGGAGCUGGACACUCUGGCAGCAGAGACUGCUGCCACCCUCACCACCAAACACCCUGACUAUGCACUCCUAGCUGCACGAAUUGCGGUGUCUAAUCUACACAAAGAGUCCAAGAAAGUAUUCAGUGAUGUGAUGGAAGACCUGUACAACUACGUGAACCCGUUAAAUAAACGUCACUCUCCUAUGAUCUCCAAGGAGACGCUCAACAUUAUACGUGAAAACAAGGGUCGCCUCAACUCAGCCAUCAUUUACGACAGAGACUUCUCUUACAACUUCUUUGGCUUUAAGACUCUCGAGCGGUCGUAUUUGUUGAAGAUUAACGGCAAAGUUGCUGAGAGGCCCCAGCACAUGCUAAUGAGAGUGGCUGUUGGGAUUCAUAAAGGAGACAUUGACGCAGCCAUUGAGACUUACAACUUGCUGUCAGAGAAGUGGUUCACCCAUGCCUCACCUACUCUGUUCAAUGCUGGCACCAACAGGCCACAGCUGUCUAGUUGUUUCUUGCUAUCCAUGAAAGAUGACAGCAUCAAUGGUAUUUAUGACACACUGAAGCAGUGUGCCCUCAUCUCCAAAUCAGCUGGAGGAAUUGGAUUGGCAAUUGGCUGCAUCAGAGCAACAGGCAGCUAUAUUGCUGGGACUAAUGGCAAUUCCAAUGGGCUGGUUCCUAUGCUUCGAGUGUACAACAACACUGCACGUUAUGUUGACCAGGGUGGUAACAAGAGACCCGGGGCCUUUGCUGUGUACCUGGAGCCGUGGCAUUUUGAUGUGUUUGACUUCUUAGAGUUGAAGAAGAACACCGGUAAAGAGGAGCAGAGGGCCAGAGACCUGUUCUUCGCCAUGUGGAUCCCAGACCUGUUUAUGAAACGAGUGGAAAGCAAUCAGGACUGGUCUCUAAUGUGUCCCAGUGACUGUCCCGGGUUAGAUGAGUGUUGGGGGGAGGAGUUUGAGGAGCUCUACACUCGUUAUGAGAAGGAGGGCAGGGCUAAGCGUGUGGUGAAGGCUCAGCAGGUGUGGUACGCCAUCAUUGAGUCGCAGACCGAAACCGGUACACCAUACAUGCUCUACAAGGAUGCCUGCAACAGGAAGAGCAACCAGCAGAAUCUGGGCACCAUCAAAUCAAGCAAUCUGUGCACGGAGAUUGUAGAGUACACAAGCAAGGAUGAGGUUGCAGUGUGUAACCUGGCAUCCAUUGCCCUCAAUAUGUAUGUCACCCCAGAAAGAACUUUUGACUUCAAAAAGCUUGCAUCUGUCACCAAAGUCAUUGUCAAGAACCUGAACAAAAUUAUUGACAUCAACUACUACCCAGUGAUUGAGGCUGAAAGGUCUAACAAGCGUCACAGGCCAAUUGGAAUCGGUGUGCAGGGUUUGGCUGAUGCCUUCAUCCUCAUGCGUUAUCCGUUUGAAAGCCCAGAAGCCCAGUUGCUCAACAUUCAGAUCUUUGAGACCAUCUACUACGCUGCCCUGGAGGCCAGCUGCGAGCUGGCAGCGGAGCUCGGCCCUUACGAAACCUAUGCUGGAUCUCCUGUCAGCAAGGGAAUCCUUCAGUAUGACAUGUGGGAUAAAACUCCGACAGAUCUCUGCGACUGGAAAACGUUGAAGGCGAAAAUUGCCAAGCAUGGUGUGAGGAACAGUCUGCUCUUGGCCCCCAUGCCCACAGCUUCCACCGCACAGAUACUGGGCAACAACGAGUCCAUUGAGGCUUACACCAGCAACAUCUACACCCGCAGAGUGCUCUCGGGAGAGUUUCAGAUUGUGAACCCUCACCUGCUGAAGGACCUCACAGAAAGAGGACUGUGGAGUGACGGAAUUAAGAACCAGCUGAUUGCCCAGAAUGGGUCCAUCCAGGAUAUUGAAGAGAUCCCUAAUGAUCUGAAGCAGCUGUAUAAAACUGUGUGGGAAAUCUCCCAGAAGACUGUCCUUAAGAUGGCAGCAGAUCGUGGUGCCUACAUUGACCAGAGCCAGUCCCUAAACAUCCAUAUUGCCGAGCCAAAUUAUGGCAAACUGACCAGCAUGCACUUCUAUGGUUGGAAGUUGGGCCUGAAAACCGGCAUGUACUACCUGCGGACUAAGCCUGCUGCCAAUCCCAUUCAGUUCACCCUCAACAAGGAGAAAUUAAAGGAGGCCCAGUCAACCAAGAGCAACGAGGAGGAGACAAAAGAGCGCAACACUGCUGCCAUGGUGUGUUCCUUAGCGAACAAAGAUGAGUGCCUGAUGUGUGGUUCCUAAGUGAAGUGUGUUUCACUCAGAUAAACACUGUUCACCUUACCCACCAGCUAACUCAUUAAACAAUUAUUUUUGGGAA